GGCUAUUGUAUCUAUUUUUUUGCAUUUUACAGAGAAGAAGAAUGUGAUUUCUUUUGGUGUGAUCCCAUGACAAUGAAAGAGUUAUUUGAUCACGGAUUAAUGGGCAAUAUAACGAAGAUUUGUCAUUUUCGAAAUCACUUUGAGCUUACUCGUAAAAAUUUAAUGGUGAAAAAUUUGAAACGUUUAAAACGUAAAUGGGAAAAAGAAUACAAUAAACAAGAAAGUCAAAUAUUGGAUUUUUUCCCAACCACAUUUGAACUUCCAAUGGAAUAUCAUAUGUUUAUUGAAGAAUUUCGUAAAUAUCCUGGUUCUAUAUGGAUUAUGAAACCGAUUGCUAAAUCCCAAGGCAAAGGAAUAUUUCUAUUUCGUAAAUUAAAAGAUAUUGAAGCAUGGAAACGUACUGGAAUGAAAUUUGAACAACAAACUGUUGGUGAUAUACAAAAUCGUGAACUACCUGAAACUUAUGUUGUUUCAAGAUAUAUCACUAAUCCAUAUUUAUUAUGUGGACGUAAAUUUGAUUUACGUGUUUAUGUUCUUGUUACAUCGGUUGCCGAGUUAUUUCAUCAAGUGGAUAUAAUAUUUAUUGGAAGUUUAUUAAGUGUUCAAAAGAUUAUUAUCAAUGAUAAACGUUGCUUUGAAUUAUAUGGUUAUGAUAUAUUACUUGAUGAUAAUUUACGACCAUGGUUAUUAGAAAUUAAUGCAUGUCCAUCAUUGACAGCUUCAUCUAAAGAAGAUUAUACAUUAAAAACAAAUCUUUUGAAUGAUAUGCUGGACGUUGUGGAUUUGGAGGGCCGUUUAACAAGUUUUGAGAAACGUGUUGGCGAUUUCGAUUUGAUCUGGGAUGAUGGUCCUAUUCACCCUACUUCUGAUACUACAGAAGGUUGGUUAAUCAAUGCACUGAACACCAUAAAUCCGUUUAAUUCAGAAAAUUCAUCGGAAUCAGUACAUGUGUUUGGACCUAAUGGACUACACAGACUUAACUCAUUUCUUGGCUGUACUUCACGUCAAUCAGCUAGAUUAUUGAUGUGUGGUGUGGGAUUUUGCCGUCGUAUUCACCAAAACUUAUGCAUAUGCUUAGCUAUAUACACUCUAUUUGAGUAUCGUAUUCCGUGUGCCCACUGUCAUGAUCGUGAUGCUACGUUAAAUAAACACUCAAGUGUGUUGUUUGCAUCACUUACAAAUGAUAGCGAGUAUAUGGACAAAGAAAUGCUCGCGAAUUUCCUGAGGUCCUUGCAUCUAUACGAAGAAUCUCCCCAUGAGAACGAUUCCAAAGAAGACAAGUGUUUCACGGCAAGUGAAAUGUUCGAUUUAUUUUCUCCCAAUCACUCACAUCUAAACCAAACGGAUUUUCAUGCGUUGUUGCCGACUAUCGUUUAUGAGUUAAAAACUGGAGUUUGUAAGCACAAUCAUGUACACGAAGUAGUUCCUUCAACGCACGAGUUCAGUUGGAAAGCCUUUCUAGCUGCAAUCGGUGCUGUGCUUUUGGUGAGCUUUUCAGGACUUAUUGUUGUAUGUUUGGUACCUCUAAUGUCCCGAAGUUUUUACAAUGUUGUAACUCAAUUCCUUAUAGCGCUUGCAGUUGGGUCACUUGCUGGUGACGCCUUUCUUCACUUAAUACCUCAUGCUUUUUCUGGUGCUGGACAUAUCCAUCACAACCAUGAUCACGAAACUAAUAUUGUUCAUGAACAUAUUGACGAACAUCACCACGAAUCUAUAUCAUCAACAAAACUCAGCUCGCACCGGAAAAUGAUUUUGGAGGCACUCAUAGCUUUACUAGGCAUUUAUAUAUUUUUCUUAACUGAGCGGCUUACCAUCAUCUGCCAAAAUAAAAUGUCUAGACGGAAGUUGAAACGUCAACAUAGUACUGCAUUGAACGAAAGCCAGAUGUGUAAUUGCUCUCCUGAACGACCCAUGGAUAAUAGUCGUUGCGUAGAUUAUCUUAAUGAAAAGCAAAUAAGUGGUUCAGAUGGUGCUAAUCAACCGCACUGGUCUUUCAACAACAAUAUUGUGCCGCCAACAGAUACCAUUGAAGCGGUAGCAAAUAUUGAUCAACAACAUUUUAACGGUGGUGGUGUUGUUGUUGAAGGUCACUACACAAAACUAUCCGAUUUGAGAAAGUCAUCAGUGCACAAUAAUAAUAAGAAUAUUAAUAAUGUUAAUAAGCAAACAUCUGUAAUAAAUAAUGGGGGAUCCGUAGUUGAUAUGCUUGAUGUGAAACAAAAUAAUACUACAUUAGAGCUUGCUAACCCUGCUAAUAAUACUCCUUCACAAACUGGUAAACCUAAUGCAAUUUUAAGAACGAAUUCGUCGUUCGAUUAUAUUGGUGGCGGGGAACAAAUUCAAACACAUCCACAUCGUGAUAAACCACAUGGACAUCAUCAUGGUCAUAGUCAUGAUUUAAGUUCUGUUCGUGCAAUUGCUUAUACUAUAAUUGCUGGUGAUGGAUUACAUAAUUUUUGUGAUGGUAUAGCUAUUGGCGCUGCAUUCGCGAAUGAUAUGCGUGGUGGUCUGUCAACUUCAAUAGCUGUAUUAUGUCAUGAACUCCCACAUGAACUAGGUGAUUUUGCUGUUUUACUUCAUGCUGGAAUGUCUGUAAAAUCAGCUUUAUUUUAUAAUUUAUUAUCCAGUAUAUUAUGUGCUGCUGGUAUGAUUAUUGGUUUUUUACUUGGUGGAAUGCAUUCAUUAGAUACAUGGAUAUUUAUGUUAGCUGCUGGAAUGUUUAUUUAUAUUGCAUUAGUUGAUAUGAUGCCAGAAUUAUCGGCUAAUCAACUUAAAGGUAAUCGACGUUGUCAUCAACCGAGUGUUUUAUUUAUAUGGCAAAAUUUUGGUAUCCUUUUAGGUUUCUGUAUAAUGCUAUUAAUAGCAUUUUAUGAAUUUCAAUUUAUAACACACUAA